AUGCACUUCCUUGUUCAUAUCCAUAUGGACUAUGGAAUUCCCAAUCUGGCACUCUGCGGAGUUUUAGUUACGAUUGCCAUUGUGCAAUUGUGCUGUCUCCGCCUGCCGUACAAACGACGUGCCGCGUCCGAGGCCUACUCGUCUGCCGUGGAUCUUAAUUCGAAUCUAGUACUUCCGGUAGAAGAGACAUCAGACGUUGGGGAAGACAUGGCAUACGAAUCAAUGGAAACCGCAGCUACCCCAGCCCCCAUGAACUAUUGUUCUACCUAG